AUGGAAGCAACCGCACAGGCUGGAGCAGCGGCCCAAGCCCCUGGUGUGGAGCCCAGGACCUGGAAGUCCGAGCAGACCCAGCCGCCGCCACUGCCGCCGAGUGAGGAGGGACACGGGGAGAGGCUGGUGGAGCUGCACACCUCCUUCAGGGAGCUGUUCACCUUCUUCUGCGCCAACGCCACCAUGCACGGGGCCAUCCGCCUCGUCUGCUCCAGCCAGAACCGCCUCAAGACGGCAUCCUGGGGGCUGCUGUUCCUGGGCGCCACGGGCGCGCUCUACUGGCAAUUCGGGGUCCUCUUCGAGCAGUACUGGGGCUACCCCGUCAUCAUGACCGUGUCCGUGCACUCGGAGGGAAAGCUCUUUCCCUCGGUCACUCUCUGUGACAUGAACCCACACCGGCCCAGACUAGCGAGCCAACAGCUGCAGGCCCUGGACGAGUUUGCCCGGGAGAACAUCUACGCCCUCUAUAAGUUCAACUUCAGCGGGAGUGGGGAUGCCCCCUUGGCAGAGGACCGGGGCCCGGAGCCCACCUUCCGGCUGGACCGCAGCAUCCGCCUGCAGAAGUUGAGCGGCCCAGGUGGGCAGAACAGUGUGGGUUUCAGACUGUGUAACAGCACCGGCGGCGACUGCUUCUACCGUGCCUACUCGUCAGGCGUGACGGCUGUGCGUGCGUGGUAUCGCUUCCACUACCUGGACCUCCUGGGUGCGCUGCCCACGGACCAUGAGCACAGCCACCAAGACCACGGCGGCCACUUUGUCUUCUCCUGCCACUACAAUGGCCAGGACUGCCAGGCCAGGCAUUUCCAGACGUUCCACCACCCCUCCUACGGCAGCUGCUACACCUUCAGUGGCAUGUGGGCCGCGCAGCACCCAGGCAUCACCCACGGGAUCAGCCUGGUUCUCAGGGCUGAGCAGCAGGACCACCUCCCGCUCCUGUCCACGGAGGCUGGCAUCAAAGUCAUCGUGCACAAGCGCGACCACACACCCUUCCUGGAACACCUCGGCUUCAGCAUCCGGCCGGGCACUGAGACCACCAUCGGCAUCCGAGAGGACGAGGUGCACCGGCUCGGGAGCCCCUACGGCAACUGCACGGAGGGCGCGGAGGGCGCGGGCGUCCCCCUGCUGUACAACGCCACCUACACCAUGCAGGCCUGCCUGGUCUCCUGCUUCCAGCUGCUGAUGGUGAACACCUGCUCCUGCGGCUACUACUUCUACCCCCUGCCGGCGGGGGCUGAGUACUGCAGCUCUGCGCGGCACCCAGCCUGGGGCCACUGCUUCUACCGCCUCUACAGACAACUGGAGAACCACCAGCUUCCCUGCGUCUCACGCUGCCCCAGGCCCUGCAGAGAGUCUUCAUACAAGCUCUCUGCCUGGACCUCCAUGUGGCCUUCCUCCAAGUCAGAGGACUGGAUCCUGGCUGUGCUGGGCCAGCAUAGCCGCCGGCACCUGGGCCGGAGCCCUGGCCAGAGCCCUGGCCGGAGCCCUCGCUGGAGCCAGAGACCUAGGAGCAACGUGGCCAAGGUGAACAUCUUCUUCCAGGAGCUCAACUACCGCACAGUGGACGAGACGCCUGUGUACUCCGUGCCGCAGCUGCUGUCAGCCAUGGGCAGCCUCUGGAGCCUGUGGUUCGGCUCGUCCGUCCUCUCCGUCGUGGAGCUGCUGGAGCUGCUGUUCGAUGCCGUGGCCCUCACCUUGCUGUUGGGCUGCCGCCGGCUCCACCGGGGGCAGGGGUCCCAGCGGCGGGCAGCCCACACCUAG